AUGAUGAAAAAGUAUGCAUAUAUAAAUGAUGAGCGAUUGGGGAAUGUUUAUUUUCCUAUAGCAGCAGCAUGUAUAUCUGGAGAAUGCAGUGAUCUUCGCGAAAAAUUUACGCCUGAUGAAGAAGUUAUAUUCACGGCGCAGAAGCAAGCGCAACCCCAAAAUGACUGUCAGUUUGUCGCAACGUCUGUUAUAAAGAAACGUGAAUUGAUACCUGUAUCUGGAAAAAUAUGUGAAAUUUACGAUAAAUAUUGUUACGCUGAAGUUAAAAAAUAUGGGCGAGUUUUCGUACCUUAUUCGGCUAGAAACGAUUUCAACAAGCUCAACAAACCAUGGUUGGGAUAUGGUGCUGAAAUGGAUAAGACUAUCCAGUUGAAGAUUUUUCGCCAACCGGAUAUCAAGAAUUGCCGAUAUGUUGCCUGGAGUAUAAAUAUGAAUCUUGUAGAUGAGAAGAAAGGUUUUGAAAAAGUUCCCGAUAGAGCCAAUGGUCAGAUCGGUGUUAUUGUUGUUAUUCCAUCGGAUGGCGAUUUAACCGUAUAUUCUUCGCAAUCUGGGAAAGCAACGCUUACCUUCGUAUUUUGCGAGAAGUCGUGGAUGAGUAUUGGAACGUGUAUUCGCUAUGACGUUGUUAAACAAGUUGAUACGGAGUCAAAAGCUAUCUGGAUAGUGCGGAACGUUGAAAAUCUUGGACUGGUGAGUGCAGAGCUAUUAUAUCCCGUGAAUGGCGGAUCGCUAAGUGAAAUUGGAGAUUAUAUGAAAUUAUUGUUGAUAAUAAGGAUCCGUGCAAAUUUAUUGUUGCGUUUGAAUGCUGUUGUUAAUCGAGUCUCAUCUAGUACGCAUAAUGCAUGGCUAUGGAACGAUAUUAUUGGUAGAAUUUUUGUUCCUACUCAACAGUUCAGUCAUCGUUUACGUGCAAUGAUUUGUGUGAGGAUAGUUGCAUCAUGGACUGGUACAUUUGAAGACGUUCGCAUGGACUGGCAACAGAUUUAG